AUGACCUCGAGGUCAGGGUUUGUAUUCCGGGCUGAGUGGCUAGUGGGACUGUCUCCUCAGUCAAGCCAGAAACAGCUCAAGGGCCCUAACUUCCUAUUCAGUAGAGGUCGGGAGCUGCCGUGCCACCUACGUGAGGCCCAGCCACAGCAUAACCCUGGCCAGUCUGUCCGCUGCACUCAGAAGCAGCCAGACCCGUGCUCCGAAGCCAUGGGCCUCUGCCACCUCGCAACCCCAGCCAAGAUAAGGCUCCGUGUGUGGUGGCUCCUACUGAUCCCAGCAGUGCUGGGACAGCGAGGCUCCCACAUGCAAGCUGAAGAUCGUCUCUUCAAACACCUCUUUGGGGACUACAACCGCUGGGCGCGGCCAGUGCCCAACACUUCGGAUGUGGUGAUUAUACGCUUCGGCUUGUCCAUCGCUCAGCUCAUCGAUGUGGAUGAGAAAAACCAAAUGAUGACCACCAACGUCUGGCUAAAACAGGAGUGGAGCGACUACAAGCUGCGCUGGAACCCGGCCGAUUUCAACAACAUCACAUCCCUGCGAGUCCCUUCUGAGAUGAUCUGGAUCCCGGACAUUGUCCUCUAUAACAAUGCAGAUGGUGAGUUUGCAGUGACCCACAUGACCAAGGCCCACCUCUUCUCCACGGGCACAGUGCACUGGGUGCCCCCCGCCAUCUAUAAGAGUUCCUGCAGCAUCGAUGUCACCUUCUUCCCCUUCGACCAGCAGAACUGCAAGAUGAAGUUUGGCUCCUGGACCUAUGACAAGGCCAAGAUUGACCUAGAGCAGAUGGAGCAGAUGGUGGACCUGAAGGAUUACUGGGAGAGUGGUGAAUGGGCCAUCAUCAAUGCCACAGGCACCUACAACAGCAAGAAGUAUGACUGCUGUGCUGAGAUCUACCCUGACGUCACUUACUACUUCGUCAUCCGGCGGCUGCCUCUCUUCUACACCAUCAACCUCAUCAUCCCCUGCCUGCUCAUCUCCUGCCUCACAGUGCUUGUCUUCUACCUGCCCUCGGACUGUGGGGAGAAGAUCACCCUCUGCAUCUCCGUGCUUUUGUCGCUUACCGUCUUCCUUCUGCUCAUCACUGAGAUCAUCCCCUCCACCUCCCUGGUCAUCCCACUGAUCGGUGAAUAUCUGCUCUUCACAAUGAUCUUUGUCACUCUUUCCAUCGUCAUCACUGUCUUUGUGCUCAAUGUCCACCACCGUUCUGCCAGCACUCACAAUAUGCCCCAUUGGGUACGAGUGGCCUUUCUGGGCUGUGUGCCCCGGUGGCUUCUGAUGAAUCGGCCCCUGCCACCCUUGGAGCUCUGUGACCCCCCUGGCCUGAAACUCACACCUUCCUAUCACUGGCUGGAGACCAAUGUGGAUGCAAAGAGAGAGGAGGAAGAGGACGUUGAGGACAGAUGGGUGUGUGCUGAUCAUUCACCCCAUUUGGUAGGUGCCCUUUAUAGCCACGAUGACCUGCAUCAAGAGGCCUCAGGUUCCAAGGCUGAGGUCCAAGUGCAGGAGAGUGGGCUCCUGCUGUCACCUAGCAUACAGAAGGCACUGGAAGGUGUGCACUAUAUUGCUGAUCAUCUGAGGUCUGAGGAUGCUGACUUUUCGGUGAAGGAAGACUGGAAAUACGUUGCCAUGGUAAUCGAUAGAAUAUUCCUCUGGCUGUUUAUCGUCGUCUGCUUCCUGGGCACCAUUGGACUCUUUCUUCCUCCGUACCUGGCUGGAAUGAUUUGA